AUGAGGGACCCCGUUACGGCCAUAACGGGCAUAACAUACGAUAGAGAAAGCAUUGAACAAUGGCUAUUCACGAACAAGAGCACCACAUGUCCCGUGUCCAAACAACCCCUCGCAAGAGACUCUGACCUGACCCCUAACCACACUCUUCGACGGUUGAUCCAAGCCUGGUGCACCCAAAACGCUUCACUUGGCAUCGUUCGCAUUCCAACCCCCAAACCCCCUCUCAACAAAAUCCAAGUCCUUAAGCUCCUCAGAGACCUCAACAACCCCAAAAGCCUCGUGCAAUUGGAGCUUCUUGCCUCCGAGAACGAGAGGAACAAAAGGUGCUUGCUAGAGGCUGGGGUCCCAAGGGCCAUCCUCAUCUUCAUCGUCAAUUGCUAUAGAAAAGGUCAAAUCCAAAAGGGUCUCCAAGAAGCUCUUAGCAUAUUGCAACUUCUCAAGAUCCCCAAGGAGGAAUGGACUUUGCUUGUGAAGGACAACGACCAGACAUUGGAUUCUCUAACAUGGAUUCUAGGCAACGAGAAAAUGGAAAACUCCAUUGCCGUGAAAUCCCACGCGGUUGUACUUCUGAAAAGGAUCAUCAACAAGGGCGACACGUGUCACGUUAGGGAGAGACUGAAACCCGAAUUCUUCGAAACAAUGGUGAAGAUUAUGAGACACGGGGUGACCCAACAAGGAACGAGUGCAGCACUUCACGUUCUGUUAAGCGCUUCUUCUUCGACGCGAAACAGGAUGAUGAUGAUGGAAGCAGGUGUGGUUCACGAACUCGUGGAGAUCGAACUGGGGGCGCCGGAGAAGAGAAUCACGGAACUAACGCUAGCUAUAUUGUUCCACUUGUGUUGUUGCGCCAAUGGGAGAGCCAAGUUUUUGAGCCAUGAAGGGUCCAUUGCGGUUGUGACGGAGAGGAUACUGAAGGUGUCUGCGGCGGUGGACGAUAGGGCCGUGUUUAUUUUGGCGAUGGUGGCUAAGUUUUCGGGGACAAACGCGGUUUUGCAGGAGAUGUUGAAGGUGGGAAGCAUGGCGAAGCUUUGCAUGGUGCUUCAGGCUGAUAGGGCCAAGUAUUUGAAGGACAAAGCCAUGGAAAUUCUGAAGGAACACACUGGGGUUUGGAGCGACUCUCCUUGCUUUCAUCAUACGUCGUUUUAUAAUUACGUGCAGUACUGA